UUGAAGUUAAACCAACUUAAACAGAUUUCGUUUAUUUAUAUAUUAGAGUUGCAUCAUCAAUGACAAAAUAUUGAAACCAGGUUUCCUGAGUAAAAACUUUUGUUUAGAAUUCUUCUCUUGUUUGGACCAUAUUACUUCCCAGUUAUAGUUUUAAGCGAAAAACUCAAGAGGUUCCUGAAAAGUUAAUUAGGGAAGGCAGCUUCUCCUCUUUGUGGGGCAUGGGGGAUGUGAAGGCAGGUGUGGGUGUGAGGAAGCUAACACAACAGUUCCAGCAGCUCAUAGAGCAGACAAGUACUUCGACCGACAGUAAAUUGCAGAAACAGCAAACCAUUCAACCAGUGAAGAGCAGAGACAAAUCGCCCGCCGUACAGAGCUACAAACCUGAACAAGAGAUUCAAACUACUGUUCCCGAGGGCCUUUCCAAAGAUGAAGUUUCACAACCAGAGAUAGCAAACUUUACAAAAUCAGAAAAACAUGCUAAACGACGAAGAAGCACAUCUGAGACUGCAAUCCCGAACCACAUAGCCGACAAAAUUGACAGUUUCCACAAAGUCUCUACUCAACAAACUGCUGCUAAAGUCGAACUGAAACGGUCAUUUUACCGUAACAGUUCAAAUAACUCGAAUAAUAGACCUAUAACAUUGAGUGUCAGUGAUAACAACAGCUGUGGAAAUGUUCCGCAACGCAGUUUGACAGUUUCGGAUAAGUCGGCAGCACAAGCUGUUAUGAGUCCGACUCUGAGUAAAUUCGGCUCCUCUACGUUUUACGCCAUGUGUGUACCUCGUUCUUCAAGAGAUGAUUUGACCAAUGGUUCCGAUGCUUUGGAUGUGAAAAUGACAGAACUUAGUUCUACUGCAGAGGGCGAAAAAUUGAAGUCGGGUCCAAUCAGGCAGGUGUAUCCAAGUGUCAAAUUCAAAGAAAGUGUGAGGCGCCCCCGUUCCCCAAUGCGGCUGCCGGACCCCUAUCAGGAGGAGGACUCGAACGAGACCCGCUCGGUGGCCGAUUUGAUCUCCGCUUUCCAGGGCCAGUCGGAGGCGAGGAGGAAGACAAUUCUAGAAACCUGCAGUUUCUACGUCGACAUUCCCAAACUCAAUGCGGCCAAAUAUAUCAGUAGACGAGAGAGUCUGUCAGUGGAGAAUUCGAACAAGAUAACCGAACACGACUCGGACGGGACUGCAGAGCCGAAUGCGAUUGAACUACCCCAGGACCCACAGAUACUGACCAUCAAUGUAUUACCCGAAGCCAAACACACAGACGCUCCUCAAGAGCAUGUUCUAAGGCCACAGCUAGUUUGUCUUGAAAAACCCUCUUGGGCGGGACAGCAACACGUGAAAAAGAGCGGCAUCCUAGAGAACAUUUCAGAAAAGGAACGGAAGAUGCAAGAAGCCAUGUACGAAGUCAUCUCAAAUGAACAGAUGUUCUACAAGUCCAUGGACAUAGUUGUCAAUCACUUCUAUCACAAUCUCAUCAAAAAGUUCACGCCCGAAACACACCCUCAUUUAACUCAACCUAUCAACAUGGUAUUCAAGAGCGCAGACAAAUUCUUAGAAAUCAGUGACAAGCUAUUGGGAGAGUUCGACGAAAAACAAGCAGACAAAGUUUUGGUGCAGCCGUAUUUUGAUAUUUUGGUGAAAAUUAUGACCACAAUUAUGUUGAAACCAUUCAAAAGGUAUUCUGUUAUGAAACAUCAUCAGGAGCAAGAGUUGGAAAAUUGUCGCAAAGAUCCAGAAUUUACGGCCGCUCUUGAUGCUCUAAAUUAUGACUCAUGCACUGGUGGGUUGACUCUGGAUGCGUUUUUGUUGAAACCUGUUCAACAUGCCACUAGGUAUUCGCUCUUAAUGGAGGCCAUUGUGAAAAGACUAGACGAGAGUGAUCCUCGAUAUCCAGGGGCCAAGGAGGCACACAAGGAGGCCAGGUCCUUCGCCGAGAUGAUCAACAGUGAAACCAAUUUGAUGGAGUUCCUGUUUGAACUGACGAGUGUGUUGGCGGGACUGCGGGACGUGCCCAGUGAGAAGAGGGAGGAGGUGGACGCCAUCCUCUCCGAGGCGAAGAAGGGCGUCAACAUACACAUGUACGGCAAAGAGGUCUCCUUCAGUCGCAGCAAAAAGGGCGCCAUCAACUUCAAACACAGUGAGAAGUUGUCUCUGUUCUGCUGGGGCUCAUAUCUUCUGAUCACGAAGGCGGGAGAAAACGGCCACAUACAUCACUUCAUCAGCCUGACUGAUUCAAUAGAGGGCUCAGAUGGACUGGACAUAAUGAGUGAACUGCAGAUAGCCUCCUUCCCCAAGGGAAUGGACCUGACGAAACUCCUGCUCCUCAAGUACUUUCCCAUCGCCACCUCUCAACACAUAGACAGUGGCUCAAGUGGAAUGCACUUGUUAUACUGCACUGCUGCUACCAAGAAAAAGUGGAAAGAAACAAUUGCUAGUCUGAACUCAAAGUGAAACUUAAACUGACCAAUUUUUUCAAAUGAAACUACCUUAUUAGAUGUCAAGUUUGAUGCAGCGUUAACUUUAUCCAGGAAAUGAAAACGCGCUUUUUCAUUUAGACAAAAUAUUUCCACUUAGAAAUUUGAGCCAAUUAAAAUGAUCGUCAGAU